ACACACACACACACACACACACACACACACACACACACACACACACACACACACACACACACACACACACACACACACACACACACACAGCCAACUCAGUUCCUCUUAAUAUGCCAGUGUUGGAGAUGUGUCAUUCAUCGCCGAGUGAGAUCGUGUUUGGUUCAGCAACAUUGAAGAGCAACUUCGAUUGUUUCCCUUUCUAGGACGAGUAGCGGAUUUUGAUCACCAAUCAUGGAAGAUGGUGUGAAGGGGGACCCGGCCCAGCCUAAAGAGGCCAGGUUCCUCAGCAAGGCCGGCUGGGUGAAGAAGGCCUCAGGCAGGGUGCUGGCUAUGUACAAGGACCGCUACGUCCACGUGGAGAAGUUCGAAGUGGUGGUGUAUGAAGACGAGGACUUAAAAACUUGCCUGCAGAGAUUAGACCUUGAAAACUUUGAGAAAUGCCUCGAGUUGAAGAGCUUCUUCAAGAAGAGGAACAGAUUCAUAUUGAUACGAGAACCCAAAUGUGCCAACAAGAUCCAGGACGUCAAGUUUCAAGCCCAGACUCCAGAGGAGAAGGACUCCUGGAUCAAGGCCUUGACUGAAGGCAUUAAUCGAGCCAAGAAUAAAAUCUUUGAUGAGGUCAAAGUUGAUGAAAGUAAUAACCUAGAUCAUGUGACACGAACGAGACCCAAGGGCAACCGAGGCCGGAGGCCACCAACCAGGAUCCAUAUAAAAGAGGUGGCCAACGACGAAAAGGAUGGGUUUUCUGAUGGCAACAAUUAUGAAAACAUUGAGAUCAAGGAACCUCCUAAAAAGUGCGAGACCCUUCCUAUGCCUCCAUCCAGUAACAGCAAUUCCACCGAGGAAAUGCAGUCAAGUUCCCCCGAACUGAAAGAGCCAGAGCCUGUGGUUGAACCGAAAAAAGUCUUUAAACCUCCCAUGCCUCCAUCAAAAGAUAUUAAAGAUAUUUUAGCAACUGAGAAUGGACCUUCCACGGAGGCUGACCCAGAAAUGGUCCCAGGGCCGCCUAAGCCCCCCUCUAAAGAGCUGAAGCCCUGUGUUUCCACUGCUGAAGAAGAAACUGAAGACCUGUCCGAAGGUGAUCCUGUGCCCGGGGCUGAAGAAAAGACGGAUCCAGCGGUCACCCCUCCGACCGAACCCAUGAGCAGCUCCACGGAUGACCCAGCCAUGGAGCUGUCGCCUGCGCAGGAAUCCAGCCCUCCCACUAUACCUCCUAUAGACAAGAAGCCUGCUAAGGACCCAAAGACGGAGGGCUCGCCAUUGACGUGGGAAGGCCCAAGUGAUGAAAUCGUAGUCAAAGUGAGUGAGAUGGAUCAAUCCUCAUCCCUACCCACUGUCCAAAAGCCAGAGGUGGAAGAUAUGUCAACAAGUCCCACUGCCGAGGAACAUCGCAAAGUAUCAGAUGUAACACCUGAGCCAAUAUCAAACUCUACCCCAAGUGGUCCACUUAACGCCUCCAGCAGCAACAAGCCGCAGGUCCAAUGGCAAUCUGACCCCACAACUCUACCUACCCCGGACUCAGCUUCGUCAGAAACAACCAGGAAGGGCCCCAGCCCAAUACCACCCCUCAAGAAAAAGCCUUUAAAAAUGUUACCUCCAAAGACGCUCUCUCCUGCACAGCUGCCUCAGCCUGAAGAUCAACCAGCAGUGAGUGCUAUCCCCAUAGUCACUCAGCAGGAAGACAGCUCCUCCAGUGAAGCUGCACCCUCAGUCGGCUCGACCCACAUAGAAGACUCUCCCGAACCCACGACAGAGUCUCAAGAAGUUAUCCCAACCGUGGUUCUUACUCUGAGCGAACCGGAAGCCCAGCGAGCGACAUCAGAGCGCAGCAUUUGCCACUCUGAGGGCGACAGUGUGGACUCUGGAAGCGAAGACACUUUGGCCUCCUCCACUUUUGCACUACGGGGAAGUCAAGUGGGUUUAGACUCUGUCUACGCGAGCGACGACGACAGUGAGGAUUACAACAACCCGGCGCAGAUCCGGGAUGCAGCUCCUCCGGGAACCAAGAUCUCUCAGGUGUCCUCAAGUGUGCAGAUAAACCUAAUCCGGGAAAAGCCUAAAGUCGGCCCUCGACCCCCUCUCCCACUCAGACCCAUUUUCAAAGCCAUGUCGGCCUCGGUUGGAGAUCUGCUGUCCAACAUUUCAGAGGAGACCCCAGACAGUGGGGAGGACCUCAAUGAGGUCAAAAACCUUGAGAGGGAAAUUGCUCUGGGGUUGGAGCAGACAAAGGAACUCCUCAGCAACACAGUCCAGACACAGGGGGAGGGCCUCGGAAAAAACAUACCAGAAGAUUUACUGGCAAAGGCCAUGGAGAAACUAAGGAUGGCGGAUCACUUUCUCAGGGAGGCUAAGACCUUUGAGGAGUCGAAACGUCCGAGCAGAAGCAACAGGAGCAGCUGGUGAAUGGUCACUAUGUAGAAAAGUACCGAUUUACUUUUUGAUUUCUUGUGGUAAGCAGACGAUGUAAUGUCAUUGAAUGUCAUUCCCGAGCUGGUUGGUCAGCAUGGGGCUUGUGCCUUCUUAAGCGCAAUGGCUUCUCCUUCCCUUUCUAGGAAUGUUUCUUAGUCACUGGUCCAUUAUAUAUGGGGCACUUUUAAAAAAUCCAUCCCUGAUAGAGGGAAUCAUUUUAAAUGAUGAAUUCGCACUAAACUAGGUUUACAGAUCCUAGAAAUUGCAGAUGGCAAUUUUGUGAUAAUGUCAUCAAGCCUGGCCCCUCUGAAACAUAGUUUCCUUACAUAAUUAAUUAGUUAGUGAUCAGCUCAAAGUAGAUUCUGACCUGUUUACAUGUAAGAAAUCAACACACUUGUGUUAUAAAGAGAUUGUAUUACUAAUAU